UAAAGGUUUCAGCGUGGGGUUCUUCCACUGCGGUGUCGGUGAGAUGCAGAAAGCCUGAUACGAGGAAGUGGAUUUAGAAUUGAGUUUUUUUUCUUACAUCUUACAAAUUGAAACGGUGCACCAGAUCUUCCAGCGAAAACAAAAGAAAAGUAUUUUGCCGUCCCUUAAAUAUGACGCCAUCACCCUCGGUGCGGGGGGUGGUUAUAGAAUAGUACACAACAAAGCAGAGAGCGAGAGCGAGAGGACAGGCCAAGCCGAGGGAAGCGCUGCGGGAACGAGGUGGAAGUUCAUUCGCAGUCGGCCGUGGGGUUUUUUUUAAUGUAAAUGUACAAUAAUAUAAAGUUUAGAUAGAGGCCAAGCGUUCGACAAUCCGACCGAGAAGACACUGGCAUUCCACACAGAGCUAUAAACAUGUCGUCUCCAAGUCCGGGUAAAAGGAGAAUGGAUACCGACGUGGUGAAACUCAUUGAGAGUAAGCAUGAAGUCACAAUUCUGAGCGGACUUAAUGAGUUUGUAGUGAAGUUUUAUGGACCACAAGGAACACCAUAUGAGGGAGGUGUAUGGAAGGUUCGAGUAGAUCUUCCAGACAAAUACCCCUUCAAAUCACCAUCUAUAGGAUUCAUGAAUAAGAUCUUUCAUCCAAACAUCGAUGAAGCAUCUGGGACCGUGUGCUUAGAUGUGAUAAAUCAGACAUGGACUGCUCUUUAUGACCUCACCAAUAUAUUUGAGUCAUUUUUGCCACAGCUCCUUGCGUACCCCAACCCCAUCGACCCCCUGAAUGGAGACGCUGCAGCCAUGUACUUACACCGGCCAGAGGAGUACAAGCAGAAAAUCAAAGAAUACAUUCAGAAAUAUGCAACAGAGGAGGCUCUGAAGGAGCAGGAGGAGGGCGCAGGUGACUCUUCAUCAGAAAGCUCCAUGUCGGAUUUCUCGGAAGACGAGGCACAGGAUAUGGAGUUGUAGUGAACAUGCACCUCUUCUUCUUUAUUCCAGAGACUAUAAUUUCCUAAACAUGAGACGCAGACUAUAAAACUCAUAUUUAAACAAGACAAUUUUUAUAUUAUUAUUAUUAUUAUUAUUAUUAUUAUUAUUAUUAUUAUUAUUAUUAAAAUCCGAAUUUUUAUGGCUAUACCAUUGAUAAGGAUUAUGCUCUUUAUGUGACCUCCCCACCCCUAAACUAACCCCCCCCACACACACAUCAUUGCCCCACCCUAAUGACGGCUUUAUUAUAGUCCUUCCCGUGCGAGUUCUAUAGGUACAUUACACUCGAUUUGAAAGGUCUGCGUGGGCUAUAGAGAGGAGUUCAGUUACUGGCGACGGAGGACAUUACGGAUGUUUAUCGGAACAGUGGGAAAGGCGUACCCCAGCCUACAUGAUUCUCUCUAAAGUAUUUAUUGUUCAGCAGCACAAUCUCUGACUCCGAGCACAACAAGUAGAUAGAACGUUGCCCUUGAGCUGGCUGUGCAGGUUCACUAAUUGGACAAAUGUGAAUUUUUAACCUAUUCGCCAUUCGUUUAUACAGUCUGCAUUGAGAGACUAGAGCUCUAACGAGGGGAGGGGUGCCUUUAUCCAUCCGAGACGAAUUUACAUAAUCACCAAAUUACAGCCCACAGUCCAACCUACAGAAGCAGUGUCUUCAGUAGGUCAGUUUGGUCGGCAUCUUUCUUUUAAUUGUUUCUCAACUUGCUCUUUUGGGUUUUUUUUUUUUUUUUUUUUUUGUUCUCUCCUGAUUUGUCAUUAAAAGAAUUGGGAUUAAAGAGACAAUUGCACCUUGAAGUUCUAUUAACAAUUAAAAAAAAAAAUUCGUAUAAGUUUUAUUUCUCCUUUUUUUUUUGAUUCACUUUAUGUUAACGGAAACGAUCUUCGUCCGAUGCCUGUGCUGGGCAGUUCGCGUGCUCCGACCGCAGUGUCCAGGAGGACGUUACAGGAAGCUAGAUUAGUAACUUUUUCGUUUAUUUGUAACACUUGGAAAUGCAUCCCUAAUCAUUUUAUUGCCCAAAGUAAAAUAAAGUGGUGUUUUUCUUCUUUAUUAUUUGCUUGUUUCCUGCUUUUGAAGGGUGUGCACUCGAGUGCCCGGACUGGCUUCUGAGUGAAAAAGUUUGUCCUUUUCAUGUUGUUGAAGUUGAUUUAAUGAAUAGCCUCGAGGAGGGAGCUGUACAGUAUUCAGCUAACGUGUGUGUGAUGUUCUUUAUAACACAUUUCACUCAUAUUCGCUUACACUAAACAAGCAGCGGGGCAUACAUGCUAGGUUGCAGGGUGUGGCUAUUUUUUAUUAUUUUGUUUUAAUUUUUUAUUUUUUUUUAUAAAUCGGACUCUGCAAGGGAUCAAUUGUUUUUGCCCCCUAACCCCCUCCCCAAUCAUGAUGAAGAGAGACAGCGCUUAGAUAAACCCAAUAUCCUUAAAAAAAAAUGUCAAGGGUCGAUGAUGAGCCCCUCCCCUCUUCCCCCCUUCACUCUGGUUCUAAUCAGAGGAGAUCCUCAUGAGACCCCCCCCCCCCCCCCCCCCAACUGUACACUAGACUAUGACUUAUCGGAUGUCACUGGUUUAGAAAAUGAAAGGAAACGAUACAAAACACACCCGUGUAAAAUGUAAAAAACCCCUGCUUCAUUCUAAAUUCCUAAUCCCGUGUGUGUUCAUGUGCGGAGGUAGGAAGAGGGGAAAAUCGGUGUUCUAAUAAAAGCCCAGAGACGAGACACACCGAUCAUCACAAAGUCUUUUAGAACUGCUUCAUGGACUUUCCUUUACAUGAAAAUCAUGAGAUUAUUUUUAGGCAAAAUGACUUUUUUUUUUUUUUGUCCAUUUGUGUAGUAAAUCAGUUUGAUUUUCUCUCAUUUUUUUGUUUGGUCUAUUUUUGAGAGGAUUUUCUUUCUUCUCCUCAAUGCAGUAUUGCAUUACAUGAAGAUGCUGAUGUGAUUCUAGGACAUGUUUAUGGCAGAACUAGAAUAUAUAUAUAUAUAUACAUAUAUAUAUAUUUUUGUUUUAAUAUCGGCUUGGUUUAGAAGUGAUGUUUUGGUUUCACAGUUUGCAAACAUGCAUGGUUGGUUUUUAGGAUUGCUUUCGUGGCAGCGUGUGUGUGUGCGUGUGUGUGUGUGCACAGUACAACUUAAACGCCUCCGUUCUAAUUUAGGCACAGACACAAUUAAAAGAUGACAGGGUUUUUUUUGUUUGUUUGUUUGUUUGUUUUUGUUUUGUUUUUCUAAGCAUCAAGAAGCCAAUAACCUGACAUGUUUGUGUGCUUCCAAUGUUAGUCUAAUUAUAAAUUACUCAAACCUUUCAGUGAUAUUACUAUUAUUCUUCUUAUUGUUGUAUAUUUUUGUCUAGAUGAUGAAAUGAACACUCGUUUGUGCAGGGGUACAGGAAUCCACACACAUCCACCAUUCAGUUAGAAAAGGCAUGCUCACCUUUUUAUUUAUAUAUAUAUAUAUAUAUAUAUAUAUAUAUAUAUAUAUAUAUAUAUAUAUAUAUAUAUAUAUAUAUAUAUAUAUAUAUAUAUAUAUAUAUAUGACAUAAAGAGUGAGCAGUGUGUAUGAGUGCGGCCGGGUUUCAUCACUGAAGGUUCAUACACAACUCGUUCAGCCUUUGUUUCAUCGAGUGUUUUUUAAUGAUUUUUUUUUUUUAACCUCGGAUUAAAACGUACAUUUUGGGUUUUUUUUCCGUUGUCCUGGCCUAAUUUCAAUGUUUUCUCCAAUGAACACUUGAGCUUAGAUCUCCAGUAGCACACGCGGGUCUACCAAGUCAGGAAAUGAAUCCAGUCCGGUCACGUAGUAGUUCUUUUCAUCUUCUUGUACCUGUGAUGAAUUGGUGAAUGUCUGACAUAGUGCCCGAUAUUUCAAUGAACAGUAUAUAUUUAGACACCAAGCUCCAUGUGAUUUUUCUUUCUUUUAAACUCCUGUGCACCUGACACGCCGUUUCAGUUCAGCCCACUUUCAACCUGAAGUCUCUGCGUCAAUGUCCGAUAUUCUUUACUGCCUGUUUUUAACGAAUGCAAUCAAUGUAUUAACGUACUUCGCAGCUUUUUGUUUCAUUUCUAACUGGUUUCAUUUUUAUUUUCAGUUUGUUUUAUUUUAUUUUUUCCCUUAGCAUUGUAAAGUGGGCAUGCCUGUCAUAGAGUGUUCCCUAUCUAUAGAACGAUAACGUCCUAAAAGGCUGUGUACAAUAAACUGUAAUAACCUUUUUUUUUGUAAUAAAAUUACAAAAAAUUUAA